AUGUCCAGCGCCAAUAAUGCCGCGCCGACUGCGCCCUUGAAUCUCGCUCAGGCGUCUACAUCCGCCUCAGCUUCCGCCUCCACCUCUGCCAAAAAGCGCAAGGCGUCCCCCCCGCUCGUUCGCCUCGCCUCGGUCGGCGCCGACCACACGGACGAUGACAGUCAGUCCGUCACGUCUCGGAUGAAUCGGGACCGCGAGAGCAAGCGGACACGCGUUCACUUCUCCUGUGUUGAAUGCCACAGGCGUAAGCAGAAGUGCGACCGGAAGGAGCCGUGUAGCCAGUGUGUGGCCCGGCGGGUACCGCAGCUGUGUCGGCCCUUCCUCAACGGUCAAGAAGAUCCUAGCGCCGCGGAUGUCCAGAGUCGCCUCAGCUCUAUUGAGAGCUUACUAUCCCGCCUGGUCUCGUCCCUCCCGGCCACUACCUCGGCGCAGCCCUCCUCCCCGGCGGACCUCUCGGCCCUGCUCCAAGGCUCCGGGGAGGACAUGUUCCAUCCCGCGUCCGAGAUGAAGGACAAGGAGAUGCCGCUCAAGCCUCCACCGUCCGGGCAGUUCCCCGCGGGUCAGGCGUAUACGAAUACCACCGGAAGAUCAGGGUACGGUUGGGGAUUGCGGGAAGGGCGCAUGAUCAAUCUGUCUCUUGACGAUAAUACGGAUCUUCAGGAUGUUCUGACGACGCUCAAGGAGAGUGGGAUUAGCAAAGGUCAUCUAGAGUGGUUGAUUGCGGGCGUGCCGGGGCGGCGGAUGGCGGAUGGACUCAUCGACCUAUACUUUAAGGAUAUAGACUGGACGCGGUACAAGAUCGACAAGCCAUCCUUCCUCAAGCGAUACGAGGUGUUCUUUGACUCUAUCGGCCGGAACCCAACCAAUCCCAAGGUGGACGGGGACACCCUCCGCUGGUUGCCUUUAAUGUUCAUAGUCCUCGCGAUCACCGCUCUGUCUGCACCACAUGAGCUCGUACCGUCUGCCGAUCAGGCGGCAUGGUCUCGACGUUUCUAUGGUUCCGCUCGGUCUUCUCUGGAAUACGCCAAAGCUCUGCAAAGAGACAACCUCGACGUUCUGUUUGCGGGACUCCUAGCUUCGCGGUACAUGCUGCUCACUCGUCGCCCCGCAGAAGGAUCUACACCCCUCACCACCGCCUUUCAACUCGGCCUGUACCGUGACGGCUCCAUCCUGAACAUCACCGAUAAGCGGGAUGUCGAGGUGCGGCGUCGGGCAUGGGCCAUGCUAUAUCAUCUCGACCGCACGAUCUCGCUUCUCGUCGGCCGGCCCGCUAGCAUCUCGGACGCACAUACGGAUACCCGCAUGCCCGCCAAUCUCGAGGACGAAGAGCUGGAAGGAGACUUUGAUCCCGCAGGUCAUCCUCUCACUGUUCCUACCGUCUACACCUACGUCAUCCUCAGACACAAACUAGCGGAAAUCAUGGGCCGGAUCGCCUACCAUACCUUUGCCAUCCAACUCCCCGACUACCAGACCGUGCUUGAACUCGACAAGGAGUUGCUCGCUUGGCGAGAAACCCUUCCUCCCUUCUUCCGAAUGACGAAGCCCGACCUCCAAUUCGACAAAGACCACUCGUACCUCUUCGUCCAGCGCCACUUGCUCGCAUGCGAGUGGUUCUACACCCGUAUCACCCUGAACCGGCCAUACCUCCUUCGUCGAAAACCCCAAGACUCGCGCUACGCCUACUCAAAAGAUGCCGCUAUCGAGUCUGCGACAGCGGAUCUGCUGAGUCGGCGAUCCUUCAUCAUGGAGAAGGGGAAUUUGAUCGUCAAUAGUGGAGGAUACAGGGUGCUGAACUCGUACAUGGUCUUGGGCGUGACGAUCAAACUCGACCCAGAGUCAUCUCAGGCGGAUAAGCUACGCCGAUUACUCAACGUCGUCUCCGGUCGUGCGCCAGAUGCGAACGGCCGAGUCUCGGAACCGCUCGUCAAGGAGGAACUGGCCAUCGUCGAGUUCCUCACCGCCAAAACCAACAUCGCGCCCAAUUCCAACUCUCUGCCGAAAGAGACCCCCGUCGACCUCCUGCUCGGUCUCGCCAAGACCCGCUCGGGCCGUCGGGCGGCCGAGGAGGAACGGCGGCAGCUCCGGCAGCAAGCGGCUCGGGAGGUGCAGGAGCAGUCUGCGCAGGCAAAGGGAGGAAUGUCGAGCAGUCCGUGGGGGUACAAGCCGCCCUCCAUGCCCGGCUUGGAUGUACAGCAGCCAUUCAGCAUGUCUGGGCAGCGGCGGGAUGGGCCACGUCCCCUCCAACCUCCACCGACGAAACGGGGCAAUCCCCAGACCAGCUGGUCCCCGGACUAUAACAACAAUACCGGCAUGGCCAUGCCCCAGCAACAACAAGCUACAUCGCAACAGCAAUCACAACAACAGCGCUUCGACCCCUCUCCCGAAAACCUCUUCCCCUCUCCCACUCAACACCCCAACUUCAACCUCGACUCCCUCACCGCUUCCACCUCAAGCAACAACUACCAGCUCUCCCCCUACCAAAACAUGCUUCCACUCGCUUCGCCCCAAAAUGGCUCCCUCACCCUAUCCGGCUCGGAUCCUUUCGCCGCUGGCAGUCUGGAGCAAUUUUUCGCGGACAACAUCUCUGGCGGAGGGGGAAACCAAUCGGGCGGACCGCAGUUUGGGAAUGCGAUGUUGGAUCAGUUUGAUUUUACGAAUCUGGGGCUGGAUUUGGAGAAUGGGCCGGUGGAUGGAGGGUUCAAUCCGUUUGCGCUGCCGCAGACUGAAGAGGGGGCACCGAGCGAGCUCAGUGCGGAUGACGAAACGCAGUUCUUGAACUACAUCUUGACCAAGUUUGCGAAUAGCCAACCGGAGGUGCAGUAG